AUGAAACUAUUCAGUGUCAUAGUCGGUAUCUAUUUGACAGUGGCUGCUGGUCAAACACAGCCAGCUAUGGAGUCCUCAUACAUCGCUGCUGUAUUUGAGCACAAUUUAAUCACCAACCCAGACCCUCGUGUCCCAGUGUUGCGGCAGGCUGCCCUUCAACACAUGCAGAAAAACUUGGAUAUCUACGAAGUGCAGGCUGCACGAGCUGCUCAGCAGGUAUGAUUUUGAUUGGAAAGUUAUAAAUGCUUAGUAGCGACUCAUAAAAAGGGUAACUUAUUGCUCUACUAAAAAUCAAUGAGCCACCAUGUGCCAGGUUUUUUCUAUUGCGUAACCAGUAAGUGUAUUAUUCAAUAAAAGGGUCAUACCUUAUAUGAGAGCAAAUGACUAUGCAUUCAGAAUCCUGGCAUGUUUUUUCAGUCGUGUCUUCUCUGGUCUUUAUCAGGGUGCCCAGAUCCUGGUGUUUCCAGAAGAUGGUCUACAUGGGUUUAACUUCACUCGACAUCCAUCGUAUCUUGAAACAAUUCCUGACCCCCAGCAGGAGAGCUGGAACCCCUGCACAGAGCCGGAGAAACACGACAACACUGAGGUGCACAGAUAUACACUCAUGUUUGAUGUCUAUCUUGAUUUAAAGAUACCCACGAGCAGCCAACACUGGUCUGUUAUUAUGAAUUACAUUUCAGAAUGGUUGUUUUACAGGUUCUCCAGCGGUUGAGCUGUAUGGCUCGUUGGAAUAACAUCUACAUUGUAGCUAAUAUGCCUGACCGGCAGCCCUGCCCCCUGUCUACAGAUCCCACCUCCUCCUGUCCAUCUGUUGGAUGCUGGCAGUUCAACACCAAAAUUGCCUUUAGGUGAAGUUGAGAUCUUAAAAUAGAGACAUCUAGCUAAACUCCAGCAAAUGCAUCAACGUAUGAAUUCUUAAUUUCAUUAUCUUCUAGGUCUGAUGGCCUGCUGGUGGCACGCUACCAUAAAUACAACCUUUUCCAUGAGGAGUCCUUUGACACUCCACCACAGCCACUGGCCUGCUGA